GUUUAUCGUUUACUACAAAUACUGCAGCUUUAUAAGUGCACGAUCGAUGCGGUGACGACAUUGUCAUUUUGAAAUUCGGAGCCACAGUAUCGCAGUGUCAUCAGUAAAACAAUUAAGUGCAGAAGAAGUUCGCGAGGACGAAAUGAAGGCUUUCAAAAUAUCAGUUUAUUUAGGCCUCUGGAGCGCUAUUUCUCUCGCAAGAUCCAAUCGAAUCCCACUCUUGAAUCAAUCAGGCAUUCCGCCGGAGAACGACAAAUUCGAUGUCGCCGUGGAGCAAUCGGACAAAGCGAGUGAUUACAAAGUCUGUAGAACAGAAGAGUGCAAAAAAAUCGCCGAUGAGUUUCUCAGCAGCAUGAACCGAACGGCAGAUCCGUGCGACAAUUUUUACGAUUUCGUUUGCGGUGGGUGGACUGAAGAUCUCAUCCCAGAAGGCUCACAGCGUUGGGAUCGCUCUAAGAUGUUCCAAAAGCUCGCCUUGCGUCGCAUUCGUCAAAUUAUGGAAACUGAGCCCGAGCCUACUGACAUUUUGCCAGUGAGACAAGCUAAAAAAUUUUACCGAUCGUGCAUGGAUACGGAAACUCGGGACCGCAGAGGGAUAAAACCCAUAGAAACGAUUUUAUUGCGAAGAGGCGGAUGGCCCAUAGCUAAGGACGAAGAAGAGGGGGACUCGAAUGAACGGAAUUGGCAGGAAGUGGCCGAUAGUUACGUGCGCUUGACAGGUUCUCACGUUUUCUAUCGUAUUACGGUUGCGGAUGCAGUGAAAGGUGCAACAUCGAGCGAAAUUAAUAUCGAGCCUCAAAAUCUACCGCUUGCCGAGUAUGUGCCAUUGGAAUACAGAAAUUAUCGUAGCAGUUAUAACGAGAAAUACAAGGACCUUGUCGCCGGAGUCGCUCGAAUGUUUAUCGAGGAUAGUCGAGCUGAUGUAUCGACGGGGAAAUUGUUCAAAGACGCAAAUGAUAUAGUCGAGUUCGAAAAGCAGAUUCACGAGCUUACAGAAAAUGGAGAUGCCGAAGAAAUGACUUUGCAGGAGUUCGACAAAUGGUACAAACAAAAGCUGACUGAAACGAAUGUGGAUGAAAAGCGAAUAAUGGAUUGGCAAUCGUCGAUGCAGAGUAUCCUCGAUAUUGCGAACCUCAAAGUUGAUCCUUCGGGGGCUGCGUACUUGCCUAAUCUUAAUUACAUCGCGGGGCUAGGAAAGCUGUUAGAAAAAACUCCCACGCGAACGAUUGUCAACUACAUACACUGGCAUUUUGUCGCAAAUAUGCUGAGGCACACGAGCGAGGAUGCGAUGAAAAACUUGCAGGCAUUUUUGAUGGAAGCACGUGGUAUGGAAGAAAGGCCUCCGCGCUGGGAAGAGUGCAUUGGUGAUACGAUAAUGAGUCAUGUAAACGUGUACGUAUUCGUAGGAAAGUAUUUAGAGGAAGAAACCGAGAGUGCAGUUACCAAAAUGGCUGAAAACAUACGAAGAGAGAUGAAUAAAGAAAUCGAAGAGGCAACGUGGCUCGACGAAAAAUCCAGAAGCAUCAUUAAAGAGAAGCUCAGAGACAUUAAGAUCCUAAUCGGUUCUCCAGACUGGUACAAAGAUAAAAAAAAGGUUAUCGAGUUCUAUAGAGGGUGGAUUAUUGGUAAUGAAUAUUUUGAGAAUACAUUGAAUUCUAUGAGGUUCACAAAUAAAAAGUUGUUGAGCAGCUACACGUACGCGACCACAACUACAAAAGAGAGUGAGCUAUGGUCGAUGCUUCCGACAAUAGUAAAUGCUCAAUAUCUUCCUUCAGAAAAUGAGAUCAACGUUCCGGCGGCAAUAAUCCAACCUCCUCUUUUCACGCCACACAUUCCCGACAACGUAAAGUACGGAUCGAUCGGGGCCGCGAUGGGUCACGAAAUCGGUCAUGCAUUCGACAACUCAGGUAUUCGGUAUGGAAAUACAUCGAAACUUUCUGUAUCAGCAUGGAAAUACUACUACGAGAGAGCCGAGUGUUUUGUCGAUCAAUUUAACAAAUAUUACGAACACUCAGUAUCCGCAGAAGCGACAAAAACGAUGCAGCAGGCGGUGCGGUCCGCUAGAGAAAAGUCUGAGCAUACGCUGGCAGAGAAUAUUGCUGAUACCGUUGGAAUCCAGGCUGCUUUUGAGGCAUAUAAAAAACUGGAGAAAUCGGGAAGAAGUGUGCGGCUCGAAGGACUGGAAGACUUUACGGACGAUCAACUUUUCUUCGUUUCUUUUGCUGCGUCAUGGUGUACGAUAGGAACACCGGAGUACGAAGAGAAAGAGAAAAAAUCCGAUGACGAACACAGUCCUCCUAACUUGAGAGUCAUCGCUUCCGUUUCCAACACGAAAGGCUUCGCCGAAGCUUUCAAAUGUCCUGCUGGCAGUCCGAUGAAUCCGGAUACCAAGUGCAGCGUUUGGGAAGAAUUGACGCCAGAGCCUGAGAAACCAGCCUGCAUCCAGAAAGGACCGAGUCGCUGAGCUGUAGCGAGACCAAAACAUCGCUUUGAUUCUGCAUGGGAUUCCCAUUGCAGAUUUAUUGUGUAGCGUGUUCUAUUGUAUCUGUAAACAACCAAUGUAUAUAUCACACCAACGUAUUAA